AUGUGGCGUCUUGCAGCAGCAGCGGAGCUGGCGGUGCCGCUGUAGCUCGUAGACUUUGUAGUCUACCACAGAGGUUACACUGCUGUCACCGCUCUAUCACAGAGAUUGAUCUACACUGCUGUGAGAUCGGUAGGCCCGAGCGAGCUUUGAAAAGAGAAAUGCAGAUAGAUGUUCUUAUCAACUGACUCCCUGGUCAGGCUUUGAUGGGUGCUAGAUGAGAGUGAGCACAAGGGGCGAAGGCGCGCUUGUGUCUCAUCUCAACAACAAAACAAAAAAGCUAGUUGCCGCAGUCGCACCUAUGAGGUACAAGCUCGCAUUGCGCGGGCGUCAAGACGCCGAAAACAGGCGAACAAGAUCGACCUCGGACCAGUCAACGCCAAUGAUAUGGGGAUGGAGUGUAGACGCAUCGUAGAACGCGUUUUCGUUUGAAGUUGACGUCUUGUUUGAGAGUAGAUGUGACAGAUUUGCGUAGAAUAGGGUAAGAUGUUAUCAUGAACGGAGAUGAAAGGGCUUUUCCAACACGGAGAUGUAGCAUGGAUCAAAGCAUUUGUUGGAUUUCAGCUUUUACAAGCGGACAUCAA